CACAGUGACGUCACAGAUUUGUGUAUGACGUGAAACACAACGGACAUCUGAAACGAAAACAACGAAAAGCUAAACUCUCUCAUUUGACCUAAACAAACACACUAACCACUUCGAUGUAUGCCGCCCAGACCAAACUUCCAAGCACAUAAAAUGAAUGCCUUUGUGGUGAGUUGCCCUAGACGACCUUAAAGGGUUUCGCUUUCCAAGCCCGGUUAAAUGUCCUGUGAUAUAUAUCUGCUUUUUCUUCUCAACUCUUCUUGUACGGUGCAGUCGGUUGACGAAUGUGACAAAUUCUUUGGGGCACCUUCCUUCAACCAAUAUAAUGACACAAAUUCCCAAGAAUAACAAUAUCAAGACUCACCCAAGUGUGAGGAUCAAAGGAACUGAAACCAAUUUUAACCCAGUCAUGUGUUUGGAUUUAUCGUGUUCGAAUCAAAAUCCUCAUAUGCAUUGUCCAUUUUGUGUGAAGUCCGAAUCCUAUCAAGAUCCUGUCAUUCUCAAAGUCCACUACCGAGUGAAACAUGUAGACAAGGGGAUAGAAUUUGCUGGUUUAAAGAUUUUACGCUGCUGUGACCACUGUGACAUAGUAGGAAUCAUCAAAGGUGAGAAGAAGUUCAAGAGGGCACACUGGCACUGUUACAAAUGCCGUAAUGGUUUCAACAGACGUGAUGAGGCGAUAAAACAUUAUAAAACACAUUUUAGAAAUCCACAGACAACAUUCCAAAUACAGAUUGCUCAGGAAGUCACUCAAGCAUCGAACGCAGGGGCUGAAGACCAAGCCGCCACUCACACAAUCAGUCAAGAAGAAGUAUCCAUCCAUCCAGUUCUUACAGAAGCAGCCAUAUUGUCAAGUCCUAACACAGAUGAACAGAACACCUACGUAAGUCGGACAUCAAAUAAUAUUUUGAGCAACGGCAAGUCCCCCGACAGAGCUGUGCACGUAUCUGUGGCUGCAAAUGAGACAGUAGACACGACAGACAGCCAAACAAUCAUGAUCAUUAAAGAAGACAUCACAGACAUCAACAACUCCUUCACCACUCAAAUUGUCUCGAAUGAUGACGUAACAAUAUUUAAUAAUAAACUCUCAGAAAAAGAGUAUGCAUUGCUUCAAGACAAAUACGAUCAAUUGGCACUCGACAAAGCUCAACAGGAACAAGAUUUCAAGGCAGAAAUUGAGCAACUCAAGCUACAGAUUGAAUUGCUCAAUAAAGAACUUUCUAAUUACCAGAAGAGAGAACAGGAGUUGAUCAAUCAACUUUGUCCACCAGCAGAGAAGACAGUUGCUGAAUUAAUUGAACACAUGGAGGUGCAACAUCGGAACUUACUGAACCAACACUUGGCUCAGCUACGCAGCACCUACCUAUCGAAUCUACCGUCUCACUUGACCGACACUACUAUAGUGACCACGUCGACUACAUCUUCUCAAUCGGACACUCUGCUGACUUCGUCUGCUGUUGCCGACGACGGAUGCGAGCAGGAGCAGCAGGUAGAGAGCGAAGAAUACGAGACAGCAUCCUCGUUGCGACAGCAUCAUCAGUCCCACGUCGCAGUCGAGGUAAACAGUGCAGAGAGCCUUGAGCAGCAUCAACAGGAACAUAUAGCUUAUUUAACAGACAAUGUUGUAGCCCGUAUACAAACGGCUCACUCUCAUAGUGGCCAGGUCCACGACGACAUUGUAAUCAUAACUUCGUCUGAAGAUCCGACGGAUCAGAAUGAACCGAACGAAAGUAGUGGGAUGGAGAGCGAGCCUUUGAUCAUAUGUGCUUCGACAAUGGACGAGGCUGUCAGUUGUAGCACUAACAACGAAGCCGAGAACAAUGAGACUACUGUGAUUGAUCCACAACAGGAGCAGCUAAGUACGGAAGAGGAGAAAAGCGGUUCUAAAACUGAUACAGCGACAGAGGUUCAGGUCGUCAGUAUAAUUCACACCCCAAGCAAAAACGAGAUACCUGUUAAUCAACCAAAACCCCACUUUGAACCCCCAAACAAACGGCUGCGCACUGAAACGUGAAUAACAAACACUACAACAAAAAGAAAAGAAAAGAAAAUGUUCCAAAUGGAGAGGAGCUGGGGUUCAUGCCUUGUAAUGUUUCACUAAAGAUUGUUAACGAUUCAGUACAGUCUGAAGCUUUCUACACAGUCUUGCAUUUAAUGAGCUUUAAAAAAAAAAAAAUGAAUUUUUUAAUCAACAAAUGGGAAUUUCUUAUCAAGUUGACUCACAAAACAAAUAAGUUAAUCUUGUGAGAGUCCCAAAUGUGUUGAGGUGUGCAAGGUGUGCAGGAAAGCUGGUGUAUAUGUUCAACAGUUCAGAAUUUAAUUGAAGGGGAAGAUUUCGGAGUUAUCAGACAAGUAAUUCUAUAGAAAGAUUCUCUCUGGUUCAUAUUGAAAUUUCUUCUUUACCUCAUAUGUUAAAACAUUGUGUGUGUUUGUACAUGUGUUGUGUAUGUAUGUUGUUUUGUUUUCUGUGUAUCUGACAGUAAUAUUUGUAUGUACACUUGGAAAACAGAAAGUCAAACCAAAACAGAAUAUCAAACCAAGAGGGAGGUGGGGAAACUAACUCAGCAUUACAUGUUUACUGCAUCUCUUCUUCACUCCCAGUCCUGACAGUAAAAAACAAAAACAAAAAACCUUCCUUCAAUUAAGGUUUAUUCUUCUUCCCUUUUGUCCUGUCUGGUUCAUGUAGAAAAGAGAAGUACUAAAAUACCAAAUUAAGAUCCGUGCACAUUGAAACAGUGUAAAUAAAGAAUAUUUAUUUUC